AUACACAAAUAGACAAUAUUCCAUAGAGAGAAUAUCACUUGUAAAAGACUAAAUUACUAUUAAACGACAAAAUGUUUUUCCACAAGCAAUUUGCUCACUAAUGCAUAAAAUUCUAUUAACGUAUCAACUAAUUAUUAUGUUCAACGUUUGAUAAAUAGUAGAAUCGAUACGGUAGCAGACGCCAAUAUAAUCUCAAAAGUAAUAAAUACAUAUACAAGCUGACAGUAGGGCGUAGAAAAUAAAUGGAACAAAAUACAUAAAGUAAUUCAAAUGUUUCUAUUACAUGACUUACCUUAAACCCAGUGGUAAAAGAUGCGGCAAUUGUCGUAGACGCGGUCGCUUAAUUGCAUCAACAUGAGUAAUGCCAUUAGUAUGAACUGGUUAAAUUCGACUGAAGGAGAAUCUCUUUUGCAUCAUUUCUAUAACAGAUCUACCAAUAAAAGACGGUUUUAUGGUAUUCUCGAAAGGCCACCAUUACCAUCUUCCAUUGAAGAAGUUACAUACAAGAUAUUUAUAAUUGGUAGAUCAGGCGUUGGUAAAACUUCAGUAGUAUCUCGUUUGGCUGGAAAUGUUGGAUAUAGUGGCUAUUUUGAAACUAAUGGUAUCAAAAAAACAACAAUAUAUUGGCCAGUGAAAAUUUGGGACAAAGUAGUCCUCUUUAAAUUACAUUUCUGGGAUACAUCUGAAAACAGCAUUAAGAAGUACAAUCAUAUUUUACCAGUAAGUUUUGUCAUUUUACACCAGGCGUGUAAAGAUAAGGUGGAUGCUGUGUGUACCGUUUUUUCCUUUGAUGAUGCGAGUAGCUUCAACGAUGUACCGCAACUUAUGAAUUCUAUGAGUGCCAUUGCAGAAAAACCUGGCAAUAUUGUAAUUGGAACAAAAUACCGUGCCUGGUCAUCACUAGCUGUAACCGACACUCAAGUUAAUGAAUUUGAAGAAAAAUGGAAAGUUAAAAUCAUCAGAAUUGACACCCACAAAUCUGUCACCAGACCAGAAAUAUUUGAUUGUUCGUAUCAAUUAAAUUGGAUAUGUGAAACAUUGUGGGACAGAGACCAGGAAUUUAUAUCCAAACAGGUGGUACAAGUAUAAUAAAAUUAAGAAUUCUGAUAAUGGA